GGGUGUGUGCGCACACACAUUCGGGAAGCAAGCUGCUGCUCAUUGCCUUCACAUGGCAUGAGGCGAGCAGAACAGGCUGCAGCACAGGAGCAAUGCUGAGCGACUGAACCUUUUCAGACGAGACGGAAUCAAAAGAUCGAGUGAUCCAGUGACCGUGGGAUGCUGCGCUUUUCUCCGGACUUCCUUCUGACCUUGAUAUCUUUAAGGACUAUUGCUUUAGAUCCAUGAAGGACAGUAACUCGAGCCUGAUGUCUGGAAUGGAUGCCAGUCAGAGUGUGAAGUGUAAGAUAGUAGUGAUCGGGGACAGUCAGUGUGGCAAAACCGCACUGCUCCACGUCUUCGCCAAGGACUGCUUUCCUGAGAACUACGUCCCGACCGUAUUCGAGAACUACACGGCCAGUUUCGAGAUCGAUUCCCAAAGGAUCGAGCUCAGUUUGUGGGACACGUCAGGAUCGCCGUACUACGACAACGUACGCCCACUGUCCUACCCUGACUCGGACGCGGUCCUCAUCUGUUUCGACAUCAGCCGCCCAGAAACCCUGGACAGCGUUCUGAAGAAGUGGAAGGGGGAGAUCCAAGAAUUUUGCCCCAAUACCAAAAUGCUGUUGGUGGGCUGCAAGUCGGACCUGCGCACAGAUCUUAGCACCUUGGUGGAACUUUCAAAUCACAGGCAAACCCCAGUAUCAUAUGAUCAGGGAUCAAACAUGGCCAAGCAGAUCUCGGCUCCAUACAUCGAGUGCUCGGCGCUGCAGUCGGAGAACAGCGUGAGGGACAUUUUUCACGUCGCCACGUUGGCCUGCGUCAACAAGAACAACAAGAACGUGAAACGCCAGAAGUCUUCCAGGGCCACCAAGAGGACCUCGCACAUGCCCAGUAGACCUUAUCUGGAGUCGGUACCCUCGGACAUGCGUAAAGACAAAGCCAAGAGCUGCACAGUCAUGUGAAGGUUCUGGAGAACACGAACGGGUGUGGAGGAAAAGGGAGAAAGAGACGGCCUGUUCAAACGAAGCAGCGAGGGAUGCAGGACGAUGUCUUUGCACUUUAUGUCCUUCUGUUUGUGUGUGUGUGUGUGUGUGUGUGUGUGUGUGUGUGUGUGUGUGUGUGUGUGUGUGUAUUCUGCCCGACCUGAUGUAAGCUAACCAAAAACAAGAAACGUGGCAGAUGAUGGAAGGACAUUCACGCUUAUACAGAAUUCAAGUUCUUGGAGGGUUUUUUUCCCCAGAGUGGAAAAUGGAAUCAUUGACACUGCUAGGACAUGAGUUUUCAGGUCUUUGGAUGCUGAUUGUGUGGUAUCUUUCGUAUUUUUCACACAAAUGAAAUGGAAAAUGGUCAAAGGGAAGCCACAUCGAUCUGGCUGUGGAAUUCUUCCCCACUGAACACAAAAACAAGGCACUUCCCAGACAAACACUGUGGCUUUUUUUUUUUCUUUUCCCCCAAUUACGUCUAUCCAAGACAGGAUUCCUGUAGGUUUGGAGAUAUCAGGAGCUUUCUAUGAGUAGUAUCUUUGUAGUGAAGCAAACCUCAGAACUAGUGCUUGUGUUUCUCUUCUUUCUUUUAAAAAAACAACAAAAAAAGCAAAGCCAAAGAAGUGUCAUUGUGUCAUAGUGCCAGGAGUUUCCUGCUUAGACUGUUACGCUUUCUUUGUUCGGUCUUCAGCGUUUCAUGUUUUGUCGGUGGUAGUUCUUGGGCUUUUUUUGGCUUGAGUGGGAACUAUUAUGAGUACUGUGUCCAACUCCAGUGCCUCCCUGUGUUCGUGUGUGUGUGUCGGUGUACCCAAGCUUUUUCGCAGCCUGGGCUUUUUUUCAGUAUUGCUUGAGACUCUUUAAAAUACCUCUGCCUAAUCCAUCAGCAUUUGGAAUUUCCUGUAAGAGAAUCAUCUCGGCUAUGCAAUGUGCUGACUUCAGCCUGUUUGGGCAAAAAAAAAAAAAACAACAACAAAAAAGAAAUGGCUGGCUUUGGAGAAAACCUGUAUAUCCUCUUUGAAGAAACCUAGACUUGUCCUUAUUUUUGAUCUCUGUAGCAUUGCAAUGCUCACGCAGCCUCAAGCACCAGUAGAUCCAAACUUGAACACAACCUGGUUAUGGGAUCCCAAUCUACACCUUCCGGAUUUCCUUCAUUCGUGAAAAUACUGGACGUUGGUACAAUCAGUCCAGAUCGAUGCCGCAUUUUAUUAUUUUUUUUAUAUUCUGCUUGCAGGUCCAUGCCAUAAAUGACAACAUCCAGUGUUUAGCUGUGCGUGUUUAUUAUGAAUUCUUUUGAAAAUCCAUUUGUAUGUCUGUACCGUAUGUUUCUGCAAUAUUUAUUAUUUUUCUCUUUUGUAAUAAAAUGCAGUGUACAGUGUG